AGGGUAAAGUUUUAGAUUAUCAGUAGAUGACGGGUUUUUUAAGUGAAUGAAAUCGGUCCAACCUGCCUUUGCUGGUCGUCUUGUUCGUUGACAAGAGUUGAGGCUGAGUAAUCCAUCCAAAUCAAAAAAACCAUCAUGUUUGCUUUCGUUCAUCAAACGAGCCGUCGUUCCUUGCCCAUUCUCGCAGGGCUCGUCACGUCUGGCAGCUUCGUCUGCGAUGCGCGGCGAUUCUUAGCUCAACAAGCACCAGAAUCCGGAAGCGGAGCUACUCCUGCUGAUCCUGUUCCAGAAACUUCUUCCGACGAGACGCCUAGCGACUUGCGUGGUGUCUUUGAUGAGGUGGAGAGCAAAUCGGCAGCCGGCUCGUCCUCUCGCUCACUGUUCGGCGGAAGUAAGGCACAAAAAGAGAAGAACGACGACAAAAAACGGAAGGAAACAGAAUUAUCGGCGCUGGCAGACCUGAGGGAGCAGCGGACAGAGUCGUUCUGGAAAGAGGUGGCGCGUACGUCUGGCAUCAGCACUGCGAGUAGACCUGGUUCAAAGAAAGAACUUACAGCAUGUUAUGUCAAUUGAUUUAUUUCCAUAGUAUUUGUAGCCUGCAAUUAUGCAUCCCAUACAAGAGUACCACAACCAUAUACUUUCAAGGAACUAGAACAAGGAGUCGAAAACACUAGACGAAGAUUGUUAAUAAUGAUUAUGGCGUAUGCUACAUGGGAUCUUCUGCUUCAUGCGUGUCCUUCAGCCGGUCGUAUUCCGCUGCCGCGACGAGAAGGGGCUGCGGCGGAUGACGAGUACCUAUGCAUCCUUGACGGUCAAGCCCCAGAAGAAAUGGAGGUGAAAUAUCGAAGCGACCGCGAUCUUCAUUAAGGAAUACUAAAAAGCGUACCAUUUUUGAAUAAUUUCAAAUUGUUCACCGACGCGAUUCUCGUGGUCCUCGUAUUCUUAGUACAUGGAAUCUUCAAUAGGUUUAGGUAUAGGAGUGUGACUGCUGGCUGCUCUAAUUGCAGGAUAAGAGUCUCCAGCGCAGCGACAGCGAAAGCGGGGCCGAACAAUCGGCGCAAUCCGUCAUCGAUGACGACUUGACGUCUCAGCAGUCUGUCUUAUGGAGAAAAUAUAAAUAUGUAUUGAUGCUUCCUCAUGAUGGACUUGAAGUUUUUCGCUAAGUAAUCCGCGUCUUGCAUUUGGCGUCAUCAGCCUGUUCAUAUUUUUUCCCCACCUACCCUGCUUCUUCAUCAUGCGACGAGGAUGACGAGGAUGAGGACUCGGACAUCGAUCAAAGGACUGUGGCGGACCGUGUGCGUCACUUUGAGGAUAUUUUUGGGAAGUUGAUGGCGAAUCAGAUUCCUUUCAAAGUGCAGAACAGCUAUUCUAAUCCGCCGGCGAUCACGCCAAACGUCGACGCGCCUACCGAAGGUUUCUUCUUCAUCGGUGACGAUGAGGAACACGGCAGGAAGAUUCUAUCUGUGCACGGGGAAAUGCAGAAAAUGCUAAAAAGCGAGGCGAAAGCAAUGAAGAAGAGUAGGAGCGUGGCAGCGAGACGAGGGAUUGUUGACGCAGAUGCUGCUGGAGAGGAAGAACAGCUCACACCGCGAACGCGAACCCAACGAAAGCGAGAGAGGCUUGAGCGGGAGGAGCAGGAAAGGCAAGCACGACUGGAACGAGAAGAGCAGGAGCGGGGCGAACGAGAGGAGCAGGCUAGACUGGAACGGGAGGAGCAAGAGCAGCGCGAACGUGAACGCCUUGCAGAAGAGGAGCGACAGCGCCUUCAACAGGAGAAAGAAGAGCAAGAGCGCCAGAAGGCAGAAGAAGAGCGCCUCAUACGGGAACAGGCUGAGAAAGAGACCUAUGAGCGGGUCGAGAAAGAGGAGUUAGAAAGACAUACGAAGCAGGAGCAAGAACGCGUGACCAAGGAGGAACAAGAACGUUUGGUCAAAGAAGAGCGGGAUCGUCUCGAACGGAUUGCAAAAGAAGAGCAGGAUCGUCUAGACAUGGGAAAGCGUGCUGAAAAAGAGCGCAUUCUUCAAGAGCAGAAACAGCGUGACGAGGAACAACAAGCACAAGCUGAGCGUGAUCGCUUGGAGGAACGGCAAGUCGAGGAAAAAAGACGUGAGGAGGACCAGACGAAGAAAUUGGAAGCGGAGAAACCUCCAUCGAAGUCAGUGAAGGAGAACAUCGAAAUCGGAAACGAAACUACUUCGAUGGAAGUGGAUGAUCAACAGGUGACUCUGCACACCACCAAACCUAUCUCCUACGCUGCUGUGCUGGAAAGCGUUAAAUCGGAGUCGUCUCCCGAACAUCUGUCGGCAAGUCCUACUGACGAGAGCGAUGCCGGUCUCCCGAGUCCGUCUCCGUUUUCGACGCCUUACCCGCCUUCAUCGAUUGGGUGCACACCCUCGUCAGACGGCGCACGAGAGCGUAAGUCCUCAGACGCAACACGAUCUUCGUGGGAGUUCUACCCUUUUCUUUUAAGGCUAGUGACACUGAACGUGAAAUAAACGGAGAAUUGAAAUGUCUAGUGUACUUCGUUUCAUCCAAGCUUCGUGUAGUUGACGAGAACUGAGCGUUGUAUGUUGUGCACCUCUUCCUAUCUAAGCACUGGCGAAUCGAAUGCGGGUUCUCCUUUCGGGAACGAUGGUGCGACUGGCGCAGAUCGAAGUCCGAGUUCUGCGAGCAGGAUUGCUGCUGGUCCGCCAGACAGCACCACUGUUGAAGAUUGCGCCGGUUCUCCCUCUCAUCCACCUAGUCGUGCGCUACCUGUCGAACAGCACCAGAUCCACACAGUCGCAGACCUAGGGGCUAUCGAGGGCUCUCCUUCUGUCUAUGCGACUCCGAAUGCCAGCGGCGGGACCGAAUUCAUGUCGCAAGUAGAUUCGGACGCGGUCCUUGCGCGCGAGCUGGCAAGGCAGGAGGAGGAGGCGCUGCAGGCGCACCACAAUUCUCGGGUCCUCGAAGCCCGGGGGCGCGAGGCAGAGAAACAGCGACAGAAGGCUGAGUACAUCGCGAGAGACGCGGCUCUAGCUCAGAAAUUUCACGCGCACGAGUGCUGGUUGGCGAAGCAAGACACAAAGGUGCCGAACAACGAAGUCUUUGGGGGUCCAGCUACCAGAUCCACUGGAGAUGGAGGACCAUCGCAGCAAUCCAUUUUGUCGAGCAAAUCGUCGCGCGCGGCUGGGUACGCUGCUAGCGCGUCUUCCGUCGCGGCAUCGUCCGUACGCAGCGCAGUACCCGCGUCCCGAGAAGACCGAAAGGCAGCGUCCGUCAGCAGUUCUGCGUCUACGGCCGGUAAAAAAGAGCAUGAAGACAGGAGCAGGAACGCAAGAGCCGCUCCUGCUGAUAGUCCUCUGAACGCAGCAACUGCCGUCGUGGCACAAAGAAGUGAGUAUCCCAUCUACGAUGCGAUCACUUCGACGCCGAAAAAGUAUGUGAGUGCCUUGGCAAGCGCCAUGGUGCCCUCGGUCAUACUAGAGGACACAGGAUUGGCCGCUACGCACGAUCCGACGCGACCUGCGUCCGUCGAAUCCGUGGCUGCGCAGUCUCUCGCCGCAAAAGGACAAGGCAGAGGCGACGUGCAGUUCGUCGGUGCUUCCUCUGGGUCUUCGAGAGCCGGAGAUAAGCAACAUAGAGCGCUCGAGCAGAGGUUAGGCCGGUCAUCUGCUGGGGCACCUUUGUACGAAGAGAAGCCGUUGGACGUGACAACGCCUUUUCCGGCAUCCGCGCACUGCGCCAUUGACUUUUCCAAGGGUUCGGUUGCGUCUUCAACUUCAUCUGCUUAUCCUGGUAUGGCCGCUGCGUACUACGCAUGUCAUAGAUUUAGAUUCAAAUAGGUAAGUCGUGCUGUCAGGUCAUCAUCAUAGGUAAGUCGUGGAAGGGACUAUUUCAAGUUUGGAGUUGCUACGAGCUCCCUACAGAUUCCAAAAUUUUUAUGCCGGAGGUAAGAAACAGCCUGUACUUACUAGUCGAGAGUCACUUAGAACUACCACGCUCGUAGAAAAAGAAGAUUGUGCUUGUCUAACAAGGAUAGUUCUGCCCCUCCACCACGAGGUCCCAGGAACAUCUACGAUGCUUUUGCGACAGGGGUCACCGCCUCAGCGUCGGGAAGCAGCAAGGGUGUCGGUAAAGGAGGUCAACGCGCGGACUCGUCCGCGUCUAGUGCCUCAUCUGCAAACGCGGAGCGAGAAGAAAAGUAUCGAGGCGAGAAAUCUUUUCGUCUUUCGUCAGAGACGUACCACAGGCCUAGCAGCUCAAGUGGUUCCUCCAAAACUGCAUACAGCAGCACCGCAGCUGCCGCAUGCCCCGCUCUUGUUGAUUUGGCUGAUCCCCAUGAUUGAGGCUCAAAUGAAUCUACUCCAUUUCCACAGGUGUAUAUCUAGAGCAUGUUCAAGCAUUGAGUUCUGCGCUUCAAAGCUCAUUUCCGCAGGUACGUAGUUCUUGGUUCUUUUUCUUAGUUUCUUUCUUAGGUUUCUCCUGAGAAAAUGAAUCCACCAAGCAACGAAACGGAAACAUUCUGAGCUCUAACGUAGAGCGACCAAAGCGGGAGGAGACAAAAAGCAAAAGCUAAAUCCUUCGCAGUGGUUCAAAUUACAAGAGAACAAAAGUUAUGGCUGAAAAGAACCCAUCUCCACGUGAAUCCCGUUAAAAUACAGCGCUGGCAGUGACUUGAAGAGUCUCGGGCUGUACUGAGGCAAGUACUUGCGCGAGUAUUUUCACGGGAUGUAUUCACGGGAUGGGUUACGGGUAGCUCUAAAAAAGGCUCAAAAAGCUCUACGCAGAUGUGCAGACACUCUUUCCGGCGGAAAUGGAUGAUACUGAGAAAAUGCGCCAAGUCUUUUUAAGGCCAAGGAACUAGGAUUCUUAUCAUCUCAUCAAUCAAGAUGAACAAGAUUCUCUUAUUAGUACAGGAAUUGUAAUAGUAAUUGUUGUACUUGUUCAUUUCAUCUUAUCUGCGCAAAAGGACAAGCAAUCGCUAAUCCUCGGUCAUGACGACGAGGACGGACUAGCUGCGCUACAGACGCACCGGGAUUGCAUACAGCAACUGUUUCAAAUUCCUCAUUUGUCCCCUGAAUACGCAGUAGCCGCACUUCGACGCAUUGCUGAAUGUUAUGCUGGAGAAUUUGAAGAAAUAGCUUGACAGGUAUUACAGUCGUGACGAGCUUCUAGGAGAAAGAUGAAUACUGGUAAAGAGAUGAGCUUAGAAGACAGAUAUUGAGACCUUUUCUAUUAUAUGAUCAUGUUGAUGUUUAUUUUUUGAAACUCAUAACCUUUUAAGAAAAGCUUAGCGGAAAAGGGCUGUUGGUGCAGGAAUUGCCUUUCUGGACACGGAUUUUGGACAUCGAGACAGCAUUACACGAUGAAAGACGGGGUGGUAUAUUGGAUGUUGAUUUACGGAAAGUGCUUGUGAUUAUGCUAGGAGAUGAUAAAUAAAAAAGACAAAGAUGUUGAAGAAUACUAAGGGUAGAAGAUUGAGAUUUCGUUCUACUAGUUGAUCGCGAUUCUCCUGAACUGCAAAACAAUCCCUCAUGAUCUCAAUUACUGUUACUCUCUUUCUUAAGUGCUUCUGGCGGAAUGGAAGGUGGCCUUGGACGAGCCGCCCGCUGAGGGGCACCGUGAGGACCCAGCGGACGUGGUCCAAAGGCGAAUCGACGACUUAGAUCGCGACUACGAAGCGAAGAAGCAGGUGCUGGAAGCGGAGCAGAAUCGAAUUUACGCGUAUAUCUCAGCGAAUUUCGAUGCCACGCGACCGGAUGUCAUAUUCCAGAAAGCGAGUAGGAAGGCGCGCGAGAACGCGCGAAAGAGUCAGGAGCCGAAAAAGACUAGAACGUUCUUACUAGCAUGACUGUGUAUGAGUAUGUGUGUCUGUCGUGUUGAGGACGAUGAAGUUUAAGAAGUGAAAACUAGUACAUGAUCUACUUGGUACUACUUGUUGAGACAUUCCAUUGGAGGCUAAGUAUCCAUUCAUGCAGGACUGAUAUGGAGUUUUUCUUGUCGGGAACGGGAUCGUGUAAGUAGAUACUAUCGUCUUCUUCAUAUACGGCCUUUUCCUUUUCAUCAUGAUCACCUCGAACUUGAUGAAAUAAUUCUUACGCUGAGAAUAUGCAGGUGAUAGCUCAACAUGCCUUUAAGAUGUUGAUCAUGAACUCAUACAUGAACAAGUGGUUGCAUUUCGUGGCCCUUGAUAAACCCUCUCUGCUGAGUAGGUAAUUUUGAUUUUCCGUAUAGCACUACUAAUUCAUUGCUGGAGAGGGAUACAGUCGCAAAGCCAGUUUAUCAGGGAGACAGUAUCGUGAUUAUUGUUGCUCUCUCAGGAGAACUAGAGCCGCUAAUUACGAAACAAGUUUUGUCUUGAUCGUGUAAUACAGAGCUGGAAUAUGGUGCCCUCACAGGUACGAUGGUACUUAAGUAGAUAGAUGGGAAUCGAGAAUACUAGAUGUAACACAUCAUCUAUUUUCACAUAUGAAACCUAUUUCACGACGCAUAGCACUUGACACCGUCUAAACAUGACGCUUGUCACCAGCAUGCUGCAUGGUAAGCAUCAACUUAAAUCGAAACCUGAUACAGAACCAUCAAAAAAGGGUUCAUGUUUCGUAUUCGCGACUGUUGUAGUAGUGGUUUGGCGAAUUCAUUUUUUAACCUUAGCAUGAGUCUUCUUCUCUCCUAUUCAUCCAAAGCGUGUCACAUGCGAUGCUUGACAUGUAGAAAUGAGCUUUUGCAUUUUCUAGUAGUGAUGCGGCGUUGUUGGGUGGGCGAAGAAGUCCGUUCAAGACUACCAGAG